GCGGGCCAGACUCCCAUGACAUUGGGCCGAACAAAAAGGAAAGCCCGUCUUGAUUCCUUUGUAUAUUGGGCCGCAAAUUAUCUCCUCCAUUUUUGCGGGAGCUCGAGCUAUCUCUCUUCUUCUCUCAUUUUGAGUAUCUGUUGACUCAAACAGAUAGACUGAAAGCAGCCAGGGUUUUGGGUUUGCGGAGAACUGGGUUGAAUUGUCAGUUGGAAGAGAAAGAAAGAAUAUCCUUUUGUCGAAUGGAGACGUCUCUGAGAUACAGCGGAGGCUCAAAAAGAACCCUGAGAGAAGAAUCCCUGAGGAUUCAUGCCAAGCAGAAGCUCCUCUUUGAUCCUAAAACCCAGUUGCAGUUUCAUGGAGAGCUAGAUACAAGGAUUGGAGCGCCAAGUCAUGUCAGUGCAAUUUUAAGACACUUCCUCCCAGACUUGGGUGCUAGCUUGGGUGCGGGAGUGCAGUAUGACAGACAAGAAAAGCUUCGGUACAGCUUACGUGCGAAGAAGGCUUUCCCCAUCACCAGCGACGGCUUGUUCAGCUUCAAUGUCAAGGGUCGCUACCACUUGGACAAAGAUUUCAAGGAGAGCAAACCAACAGCAGCAACCGAGUUCUCCUGCAGCAUAUUCAAUUUUCAGAAAGACCAAGAUGUGAGGAUCAAAGUUGGAUAUGAGGUCAUCGACAAGCUGCCAUAUCUACAAAUUAGAGAGAACAACUGGACCUUCAACGCCGACAUAAAGGGGAGAUGGAACGCAAAUGCAAAAGGGAUGGCCAACCCUGUGUUUUAGAGGUCAAGGUUCAUGAUUCUUCCUUAUCCCUUCGGGCCUUAGUGGCCGCCAAACCAUGUUGGAGCAAUGAUUUUAUCAUAAGACUUCCCAAUAGUGAUUGAAUCUGUUACACUUUUUUCACCUAAUUCUAAGCAGGUAAAAAGUAGUUUUUUUUCUUUUUGAUCAUUCGUAUUACCAAGUCAAUAAGUCUGAAGCCAAGAACAAAAAUCGAACCCAUAACAUUUUUUCGAGGUCAUGCGAGUCGUGCAUCUUGUGUGCUAAAAGGGACAAGGUGGGUGGGCCGCCUCCUUCCAUCCUGAUCCAAACCAGCCGACCAAAGUCAAGAAGACUCAAGAGUGCUGCCACGCGUUGUUCCAGUCCUUCCACGUGUCUCGAAGCUGGUUUCCACAGAUUUGGUUGCGAUUAAGGAUUAAUAGAAUCUUGAUUCUUGGUAGGCAGAGCCUGGCUGGCUGGCUGGCUGGACCGCAUUACCUUGAGAUCAGCCCAAUUGCCCGCUUUCCACCAGGCACUUUUACCUGCUUAAUUAGAUGUAUAUUUCCCCCACAGUGAUUAAGCACCUAAUUUAAUCCUAAAUAUCUUGGGUUUCCUGCUCUUGAGUUCCUUGAAUCGAGAUUAGAAAAAGGGAUGGUGGGUAUUGGGGGUGGAAUCUCUGGCUUACUGUGAAGAACUGACGACGGUAGGAAGGAAUAGGAUGGCUCCCCCUUUUGACCCAACUUGAAGUCUAGUCCAUCAGUUUUAUUCCUUCCUUCUGAAACUCACAUGGUGGGUGG